CUUCCGCCCGAGCUCUACUACGCCAUCCUUAACCAUGUACCCUCCGACAACCUGCAGCAGACCAUCCUCUCCUUGUCCUGCGCACUACCCUCUUCACCUGUCCCCGUCCACCUCUUGUUCCAUUCCAUCCGACUCAGGUACCCCGACCAGGUCGUCCGACUCACCAGACGCCUCAAGAAAGGGCCGGAGGACGCUCUGCUCGUCAAGCAGUUCUCGCUCGAGACAUGGACGGUGGACGCAGAUGUCCUCAUCAAUCUCGUCAGGACCCUCCCGAACUUGACUUCCCUGAGUCUCUUUGUCGGCCCGAACUUUGCGCCCGAACACAUGGAAGACCUCUUUCACAGUCCCUGGGCGAAGCUGCGUUUCAUUGGCCUCCGGUUCAGACCAUAUGUGCAGAAAGCAACCUACUACCAGUUCAUGAAGGGCGCCUAUUUCGACAGCAUGCUGGACCACCUCAGCAAAUGGGACCCCGACUCCCUCCCCGUGCUCUCCGUCAUCCAAGACCCGCUCGACCCCGCCCUCUCCAAGAUGCAGCACUUUGCCCAGCCGCUCGUCUUCUUCCGGCUGGACCCCUUCACCUCCCUCGUGCGCGCGCCCGUCCUGCGCGCGCUCACGCACUUCCGCCUGCGCGUCCCCGCGCGCCAGGUCGCGCAGUACGUCUACGCCGCGCCGGGCGCGCUCGCGCGCGUCGAGCACGUCGACCUCUCCACGUGCAACGUCAGCGAGCGCGAGGUCGAGCUCGUCCUCGGGCGCUUCAGCCGGCUGCGGCAUCUGGUGCUGGACAACUGCAGUAUCCUCCGGGGCGAGUUUAACGAGGUUGCGUGGCGGGAGCUCGGGAAGGACUGUGCGCUCGCGGGGGUGAGGCGGGCGAGGGACCGCGAGAAGAAGCUGAAGGCGUGGCUGGAGGUGAAUCACUCGAGGGUGGUGGAGGAUUUGGGCGGCGACGCGCCUGUGCAGGUCGCGCGCAACCCUGGGCAUGCGCGGGCGCCGAAGAGGGGGAGGAAGGGUCUGGCGACUGCCACCAUCUCCUUACGCGAGCGCGACGAAGCGUCUGCCGCGGGGCCGUCGACCAUCCUCCCGGCGGAGGCAAAGGUCAAGGUGCCCAAGAUCCGCAUCCUGCCCCGCCCGCCGACGUUGCUCUCGCUCGCGACGACCGUGCGGCACGACGACAAGCACGACGUUAUCCGCGCCGAGUAUGAGCGCGGGUGGGCAGAGGGCGUCGCGCAGCUGGCGGCGACGACCGCGCGCCUGCGCACGUCGUUCGCGAAUCGCGUGCGCAUGAUGAAGUUUGCGGAGGACGCGGACGGGGUGCUGCGCGAGGAGGGGAUGGCAGGGCUCGAGGAUGUCGAGGUGGAGGAUUUCGAGAUGUCGGUGCAGGGGGAGGGGGUGAAGUGCCCUGUGCUGUGUCUUGCGGGGCCGGGCAGGGGCGGCGGGCAUGUGCCGGGGUGUGGGCACCAGGCUGGGUGGGAUGUGUGG